GCAGGAGUUGCCAACACUGCUGGGGAGUCCGAGGGGUGGACCGAAGAAUGUGCCCGUCAUUCUGCAAUCAGGACUGGACGGGGUGGGUAGCGCCGGCUGUAAGGAGUUAGCGUCCCGUGUACAAACAUCAUGUGGCCAGCCAAGCCCCACCCCUACCCUCCUUGCUGGGUGCAGGGUGCAGGGGUGGGGAAGGGAUUGGGUGGUGGGAGAAGACGUGUGAUUGUUCUGCCGCUCCCCGCUCGGCAAUCGUGUCUCGGCAUCCGGAGUGUAGGGCAUCCCUCGCUGUCGCUCAUUUCUUGCAUAAGGAUGUACGCGUCUCGAACCCCUGCCGUCCUGGCAGUGCUCGCCAUGCUCACCCUGCCCGCCCUGCUGCAGUGCGCCGCGCAGCUGCCCUCCAAUCCAUACUACGGCAACGGCCUGCAGUACCCGGCCAAGAGCGGGCUCAGCCCUUUCGUGUACGCCAACACCGCGUCCUACGCCAACACCUACUACCUGCCCUACGCCUACCAGAACUACGCACCCUUCGCGCCGAUCCGGACCUAGCUAGGGGUUGUGGUCGAGGGUGGCGUGUGAGCCGUCCCGGGGAUGCGGCUGACGGCGCCAAGACCUUGACGCAUUGACCCAGUUGUACCCUGCUCAGCUCUCGGCCCUGCUGACGCCACGACGUGUCCUUGCUCUUGGCGCCCAAGGCGCUAAUCUCUGACGUGUCCACUGACGGCUACGUGCGGCCGUGCGGUGCAGUGCAACACCAACACGGGGCAGCCUCACACCUCGCCGACCAACGGGCGGCAGGACUUGCUGUCGGAUCUGCAACCGAUGCACGGCCCUCACGGACUCAACUGCCACCCCAGCUUCAUUUUGGCGGUUGGGUCCACUGGUGUUACGAAGACCUUCGCAACUUCACGCCUUUGGCAAGCAUAUAAUUUUCUUAUAAACUCUAAAAUGUGCCAACUUUCAAUUAUUCAGUACCUUAAGGUAAUGUUUCCUCACUGUCUUCGUCCAGCAGAAACUGGUGCUAAUCUAUGUGCUCUUGGAGCUGUCUUUGUUGUAAGUUUUUAUAAUAAAUAAACAGAGGUGUUUCCCUCAACAA